UUUUCCCCUAAGCGCGAUGCUGCACGCCGAUAAUAACCAUUGUAAGAUCGGGUAGAGCUGAGUCACCCAUUCACGUGGGCUAAGUUGGGUCGUCGUCGUGCCCGCGGUAAAUCAUGUGAUAUUCCGUGGAGAACAUCUAGAAUAUUUGUCCUGCAUGUUGACGGACGAGAUUUUCACGUCCACGCGCUGGUCGAAAAUUUUCACCCAGGAAACCUCUCCCGCCUGUUGUCCUGGCCAUCGCCAACCUCAACCACCAUAUACAAACACGAUGUAUAUGUGUCUUCCAGCCCCGUUUGGGGAAGUUGUUUUUUUCUCUCUCUAAUCUCCACACGCUACACAAAAUGGAUACUAAAACUCAAGUCACUUUGGCCAAGGUCAUCAAGGUUCUCGGCAGAACCGGUUCCAGAGGUGGUGUUACCCAAGUCAGAGUUGAGUUCUUGGACGACUCUUCCAGAACCAUUGUCAGAAAUGUCAAGGGCCCAGUCAGAGAAAAUGACAUCUUGUCCUUGAUGGAGUCCGAAAGAGAAGCCAGAAGAUUGCGUUAAGCUCUCUUGGCUUAUCUGUUGCGUGAAGCGCCACUUGCCAGCUGGUUGUAUGGCCAGGGCAAGCUGAUUUUAAAUCUCUCUCUUCUCCCCGUCCACUCUCAGGUAUUCCUACCGUUUAAUUCUUUAGCUUCUCGGUUAUGUCUACUCUAUUUGCAUCAAUACACAUAUUUGUUACACCCUGUAGAAUCGUUGGGAAUUUGAC